GCGGGGGAGGGCGCGGCCGGAGCCCGAGCAGCAGCAGCCGGCGUCGGCGGGAGCACCGGGCGCAGCCGGAGCCGGAGCCGCCGCCGCGAUGGCCGUGGCCGUGGGGAGACCGUCUAAUGAAGAGCUUCGAAACUUGUCCCUUUCUGGACAUGUCGGAUUUGACAGUCUCCCGGACCAACUGGUCAAUAAGUCUACUUCUCAAGGAUUCUGUUUCAACAUCCUGUGUGUUGGUGAGACGGGCAUUGGCAAAUCCACGUUAAUGGACACUUUAUUCAACACCAAAUUUGAAAGUGACCCAGCUACGCACAACGAACCAGGUGUCCGGUUAAAAGCCAGAAGUUACGAGCUUCAGGAAAGCAACGUACGGCUGAAGUUAACCAUCGUGGACACUGUGGGAUUUGGAGACCAGAUAAAUAAAGACGACAGCUACCGGCCCAUCGUGGAGUACAUCGACGCGCAGUUCGAGGCGUACCUGCAGGAGGAGCUCAAGAUCCGGCGCUCACUGUUCAGCUACCACGACUCCAGGGUCCACGCCUGCCUCUACUUCAUCGCCCCCACCGGCCACUCGCUGAAGUCCCUGGACCUGGUCACCAUGAAGAAGCUGGACAGCAAGGUGAACAUCAUUCCGAUCAUUGCAAAAGCCGACACCAUCGCCAAGAACGAGCUGCACAAAUUCAAGAGUAAGAUCAUGAGUGAGCUCGUCAGCAACGGGGUCCAGAUAUACCAGUUCCCCACGGAUGAGGAGACGGUGGCAGAGAUCAACGCGACAAUGAGCGUCCAUCUCCCAUUCGCAGUGGUCGGCAGCACGGAAGAGGUGAAGAUCGGCAACAAGAUGGCCAAGGCCAGGCAGUACCCCUGGGGUGUGGUGCAGGUUGAGAACGAAAACCACUGUGACUUCGUGAAGCUGCGGGAGAUGCUGAUCCGCGUGAACAUGGAGGACCUGCGGGAGCAGACUCACACCCGCCAUUACGAGCUGUAUCGGCGCUGCAAGCUGGAGGAGAUGGGCUUCAAGGACACGGACCCCGACAGCAAGCCUUUCAGUCUUCAGGAGACCUACGAAGCGAAAAGGAACGAAUUUCUGGGAGAACUUCAGAAGAAAGAAGAAGAGAUGAGGCAGAUGUUUGUGAUGAGAGUGAAGGAGAAGGAAGCGGAACUUAAAGAGGCAGAGAAAGAGCUCCAUGAGAAGUUUGACCUCCUGAAGCGGACCCACCAGGAAGAGAAGAAGAAGGUGGAGGACAAGAAGAAGGAGCUGGAGGAGGAGGUGAGCAACUUCCAGAAGAAGAAGGCGGCCGCUCAGCUCCUGCAGUCGCAGACGCAGCAGGCGGGGGCGCAGCAAACUAAGAAGGACAAGGAUAAGAAAAAUGCAAGCUUCACAUAAAGCCUGGCAAGCCAAGGACGGUCCCGCAUUCACCUGCUUUUGCAGUAAUAUUGUAUCUCUGCCAUCUGUGUCCUUUUGUUUUAUUUCGUUAUUUUUUUUACCCUUCUCCAGACACCAGUAACUAUUAACUCAUUUUGCUGAAUGUUGUUGGGUAGCGGAAAAUGACAGAACAAGAGAAUGACACCAAAAGCUGUGUGCCGCUGGACUUUGUUUCUGGAAAGUCAAUGAUUUGCCUUUUAUGCCUGUUCCGAGCAGCGGGAAGCAUGCCUGUUGCUUGUGUGCCGCUUGGGACCGGGGGCCGGCGGGUCGCUGGCUCCGUGUACGUCUGUCGGGAGAACUCGUCACCGCCUCAGCAGCUGAGCGCUCGUCCCGAUGCCCGUGACGGCCGUUUGCUCUUCUCCAUUCCAAACCCCUGGUGGCAGGAGCCCACCACCCACUCUGCCCCUCCUCCGUCCCCGCCCCAGCCGAGGUGGCCUCCUGCGCAGGUGGAACAGGGGCCGGCUGUCAGGACUGUCACACCUGCGUGGGAUUCUCCUUACUCCGAUAACAUUGUUGGACCCGUGCUGGGGGUCUCUUCAGACCAUCCCCUCUUACGGCUUUAAACACGUGUCCAAUCCCCCCCUCUCCAGUCUUGGCCAAGUUGGACCGCAAUGAGAAAGGCCCACUGUGUUCCCUUUUAUCAGCAUGACCUUGACCCUGUCCCGGUUGGGGAUCUGCAGGGUCAGGUGGUGGAACGUGGCCAGAAGCUGCAUCCGCCGGAGGACGAGCUCCCGCGGCCUCCCGCGCGCGCAGCAAGCGGCGCUGGGCCCUCGUCGGGGACAAGGCAGGUUGUCUGUGACCAGCUGGUGUCCUCUGCAGCCCACUUCUGGGGGCCUCGCCUGUUCCUGGGGGCAGAGAAAGAAGGGCUAGAAGGGCUGGGGUUUCAGGUCCUGCUGUCCCAAGGGUCUCCUCCCCGUCUCUGCGCUGCAGCGGCGCCCCUGGCCAUGGCCCCAAGGGUCAGGGCCGCCCAGGAAGGCCACACAGACCCCAGACCACACUUGGAGGGAGGGGGCGUGUGUCCCCGCCUGUACCACCCCUUCAGGGGCUUGUCCCUCGUCUUCCCGGCCUGCCCCGCUGCUGACAGCCCCGGGGGCUGCGGGUUCUCGCCCGCGGCCGCUGCCCUGAGCCAUGCCCGCUUCCUCCGGCCCCCGCCGGCCACACGCUGCGUGAAGGGGACAGACACGCUGGGACCCCCGGACCCGCACGCACCCUCUGUGGUCGUUGUCACAAGCCUCUGGUGGAUUCCAGUAGUUUCGUUCCUUCUCUUCAGGCUUAACCACACGCUCGGGGCAAGGAAGUGAGGGUCUCCCCGGACCCAGGUCCGCCCUUAGCCGAAGUCCGGAUCGGUUCCGCUGAAGGCCGAGCGGGCCGGGCUCGGAGCCGCGGGCUGGCACCGUGAGGGCGGCGCGAAGGCCCGGGUGGGAGCCCCGGCCGCUGGGCACGUCCGCUCCCCCGAGGCUGACCGGGCCGUGGCUGCGCCGAGGCCUGACGCCUGUGUCGUGUGCGCUCCGGCUGCUGCUUGUGUGUGAGCUGUCUGUGCCUUCUAACAAAGCAGCUUCUCGGUUCCGAAAUGGUCCCCGCAAAAUGACCAUUUUUAAUGCAGCGCUAAAGCCUUUCUCGAAAGGGAGCCUCGCUGCGAAAGGCAUCCAGCGGGCUUGGUCCCAAAAUUGUUGACGGAUUGAUCCCCCCAAUGAAAAUUGUCACAACAAAGUAAACCACAUGGAGAGUCAGGGAAUAAAAAGUCCAAAGAAAGUUCUAGAAGCUCGAUCCCCCCCCUUUUUUUUAAAAAACGUUGCUUCUGAACUCUCUGCCCCGCUCCCUGGCCCUGUUGGGUUGGUCGUUGCUGCCCUUCUCUUCUUUCUGUGUCUGUGCCUUUUUUCACAGUAGUCCUUGGCUCUGCACGGAAUAAAUGAUACCCUCAAAUCUAAUUGGAUGUGCUUUCGCCUUUGCAUGUAAGUACAGUACGAAGAAAACUUGGAGAUCUUUCUGACUUUUUGAAAUUAGAGAAACAAAUGGGCUAGAUGGACACUCCCCCCUUCUGGAGGGAGGUAGGGAGGGAAGGUUAGAGUACCUUUGUUGGAAACACUAAAUAUAUUUAAAAUAGCCACAUUUGUACCUUCCCCACAGUAAAUACAAAUUUAACUUUCCCUUGAUGCCAUGUGGAAGUCAGAAGUUACUGUUCCAGGCUGCGUUUCGCACCUGUGGGCAUCACUGGACAUUACAGAAGGUCCUUGGUUCUUACUGUGGAGUAAAACUAGAAUAAGAAAUGACCACCUUCCUUUGGAGAAAACUAAGAGGGAAAUAUUUUUUAUGUUAGGUUGCUUAAUUUUUUGAAGAUCUCGGUUUGAUGGUCUUUCCCUCCCGCUGACUGCCGGCCAUGAACACACCCUUUUUUUUUUUUGCUAGACAGCUCUAGCUGGCCUCUCCCCAUAUCUUCUGCUCAGCCACAAUGACCAUUGCUUUUGGAUUUUAGGUCCGUGUAAUGGUUGUACGUGCAGUAGAAUGAUGGAAAAGCACUUAGAGAAUUUUCUGGCAGUUAGGGACUUUUUUCCCCCAGCUUAGACUUCUCAUUAAUUGGUCAGAGUUUUGUCCAGAAAGGGCAUCUCAACCAGGGGAACAUCUAAGGUCACACUGGGCACAGGUUCCUUAUUGUCUUCCUUCUCUGCUUUGUAAUCUCACCAGCAAUAACACUUAUUCUCCAUUCUCGUGCACCGCAAACGGACGGACUGGGUUUCUUCACUUUCUGACAUACCCAUAAGUGUUGCACACACACACUGUUGAUCUGGGUUUCAGCUGUUACCGACCCGUGUCAUACUGUGUCUCGUGUGGUCCUUCCAAACCCGUCCUUUUAGAUCCCUCUGCUUUGCCGUUUGCAAGUGUCUGAAAUCGUCAAGUCUCAGCUUCCAGAAAGUCUUGGUUCCACUGAGGGUCCAUAUGCGAUGAGUCUUUAGUGGAAACUGACCUACGAAGUCUAGAUUGUAUGUAGGUCUGAAGGGAAUUUUUUAAAUAAACGAAAAGCUGUGAACAGCA